GGUCGUCGUCAGCCGUCGGGUACUCGCGUUUCCUAUAUAUAAGGAGGCCCAUUUACUGGCAAUCUCAUUGUGAAGCUGAAUACGAUGGCAUCUUCGGGCUCCGGGGAAGACAAGUACCGGUCUUUCAUGAGCGGUGAUGGAGAGAAGAACACCAAGUGGAGAUUUGGCGGCCCCCCGAACUACGACGUCGUCAACAAGCUGUUUGAGGAAGGCCGAACUCAGAUAUGGCCACCCGGUUCCCUAGAGGAAAAAGUGCAGAACCUCGUGAAGUCUUGGGAAAUGGAGAUGUUCCACAAGGCGGACCCAGAGGACUUCAAAACAGCUGACCCCAAAAAGCUCACUUUGAGCCUAAAUGGGAGGAAAGCCCAGAGCUUGGCAGAUGUGGGCAAGAUUGGAGGGGGCUACAACUUCUUCCUGCAGACCGCUCUGCCGGACAACCUGCGGUUCUACAAUCCGGAGGGCGAGAACUUCAACUCAGCCCUUGUGGCCUUCACAACGACAUUCCCGCGCGGUUUUGCAGUGGAAAUUAUUCAGGUUUAUACAGGACCACCCGUGAUUGCUUACAAGUUCAGGCACUGGGGUUACAUGGAAGGCCCCUUCAAGGGCCAUGCCCCGACAGGCGAAAAGGUCCAAUUUUUUGGGAUCGGGAUAUUCGAGCUCGAUGAGAAUGAGAAAAUUGUGAAGGUGGAGUUCUUUUGCGACCGCGGCGAGCUUCUCGGAGGUCUGAUGAGAGGAGCAACCUUGCAGAGUUCUGGUGAAGAAUCUUCAGCCACAGGCUGCCCUUUCAUGAGCAACACCGGUUGACUCAAACAGAAAGAUAAAAAGGAAUAAAAGCAGGGGAAGAUGUCGUGUGUAGUCCCUUCUGUUGCUUCUUUUGUGAUCAUAUCAUGUCUCUUUUGCAAUGAAUAAUUCCACCAGAGCACAAUGUCUGAGUUUCGGUCCA